UCCGCCCCGAACACCCGCCCUCCAAUGGCCAGUCUAUGGGAUGAACCCUCCGUGAGUUGACAACAACUCACCCCAUAUAUCGCAUAUUGAAGCCUUCGCAGACCUUGUUUCGGGGUGGGCGAAGUGAAGGACUACCAGCUCAGUCUCGCGGUGGAGUAGGCAACUCCCAGUCGUCCACAAGCGCAGCAGACGACCGGGAUCCACACGUCCGCAGCCGAAUGCCAUCGCGCUUACGUGGCACGCGCAGGCGUGAAUACGACUUCUUCGGUAUGGACUCAGAGUAUCCUGACCUGCACCGACGCCUGUCCCAAUUCGGCCCCAGAACGAGGCCCUCGGGCGAUUAUGUGCAGAGGGAUCAGAAUCUGGACACCUCAUACGAAGCACUCUUGGAACUCACUAGCCUGCUGGGUGAGGGGAGGCCGCGCGGUUUGUCGGAACAGGUUAUAGCUUCUCUUCCUGGCGCCACGUACCGGGAAUGGGCAACGCCUGGCGAGACGGAAGAGCGUUGCCCCAUUUGUCUUGACGAUUACACCGCUGAAGACGCUGUGUUAAAGGUCCCCGCCUGUUCCCAUUGGUUCCACAGAGGUUGCUUGGAGGUAUGUGAAUAUUUAGCUAACAUAAAUUCUGCUGAUGUGAGUGUCCGUAGCAAUGGCUGAAGACUGCCCGUACAUGUCCAGUAUGUCGAGGACGCGUUAGCGGCUCGGAAGCAUCACGUAGUGGCCCCCGUCUGUCCGGCUUAUCUAACGCUCCUGGACCCACUGCAGGUCCGAGUGGAAGUGUUGGCGGCGCCUUUGCUCGCAGAAGACGCAUUAAUCCUUUACUACCGAGGGGCGCGCCUCCAGAAGACAGACGCGACGAGAAUGGACAUGAUAGUGAUAGUGACAUGCCACCAUAUCCUCCGCCUCCGUGGCGGCUAGGCUGACUGCCGAGCCCUGGUUGGCUCGUGGUAUCCUUGGUUUUUCUUGUACUACUUGCACACUCCUAUGUACACUGACCGCCUUUCUAUUGUUUCUUGGCUCAUCGAUAUGUUGUAUGUACUUGGUAUAUGUCCACUGUAGCACUGCACUGCCCGUUAAUUUAUCACUUUCCAGUACA